UGUGGGAGGGAGCGGGGACUCUUAUUGUGACACGGCGGCUCCCUCAGCCCCUUCCUCGGGCUCCUCCACACUCGCUGCCGUUUGACAACAAGAGAAGCGGCGGCGCCGCCGAGCAGCGGGAUACAAGGAGAGGCCGGGCCCAGGGCUUGGGCUAGGGUCAGGGCCGGGGCUGAGGGAUUGUCCUGUGGCCGAGCCGAGCGGAGGGCAGGCGGCAGCAGGAUCAGGGACGCCGCCGCCGAGUUGUCCCCGAGCCCGAGGCCCCGGUCAUGGGCCACGGGACGAGGAGGAGGCCGAGGCCGCGCUCAGCAGCGACAUGAGGCGGGCGGCGGGGACCCAGAUCAUUGAAACUUUCAAACAACAAACUGCGAGAAGGAACCGGAAUGUUUUAUUAUCAGCCCAUUGCAUUGGCUACAGCUUGCUCUCCAACUGUAUAAGAAGCCACCUGAUUGGAGAAUCUUCAUGAGCUCAGGAGAUGAGAGAGUUCCGGCAACAAGAGCAGUCUGACUCCCAGCAGAUACUUCCCGUGACACAGGAGCUCCCUGUUCUGGAGCAGUUUGUUUGUCAGAAGAAGAGCAAGAAGGAGCGGAGUAGGCUGACAGACAAUAAAAUGUUGGCUGGCUCACAGAAGCCAGGCCGCGCACAGAAAACUUCCAGCCCCAACAAGCAGUUAAAGAGCCCCAGCUCUCCAGGAAUGCUGUCUCACAGCCCAGGAACACUGCAUUCUGGCUGCUCCAGGCCCCGAGGACUGAAGAGCCCCCCACUGACGGACACACAAAGAUUUUCUGAGAACAGUUUGAAAAUAAAACACGAAUCAGAAAUCCGCCUGUCCACCAUCCCAUCGCCGAAACCUGUGACCAAUCAAAUGCACACGGAAAGCAAACUGACCAAUCACGGUAAGCCAGUCAACAGCAGUGGCCCUGCCCCGAAUGCAAGCCAGGGGCCAGUCUGUGGCCUGGGCUCCAAAACCACGGUGACCCCCAGCCAUGGUGCCAAGACUACCCAGAUCUCUCCCGGAAGCUCGGGGGUGAAGGGCAGCCAGAACUCAGUGCCAAGUCUCGGAGCACUGAAGGGAAAAGUGAAACGAGAAAGGAGUAUCUCAGUGGAUUCGGGAGAGCUGCGGGAUACCACCACACCCAUCAUCGACACGGAAUCGAAAGUGGACGGAGCCCCCCGGAGCAAGAGGCGCUGUGUGCUGGAGCGCAAGCAGCCGUACAGUGGGGACGAGUGGUACUCAGGCCCUGACAGUGAUGAUGAGGAGAAAGCUGGAGUGACUGCUCAUAAUUGUAAUGUUGUGGAAUCCGUGCUCUCGGGGACUGUUCAGCCGUCUCCUGGUUCGAACCCCCUGCCGACGGUCACAGACACUGCUCCUGUCAGCAUCAGCCACAAUCCAGCGGGGGGGCCCUGCCUGCGAACAGACACUAACAUUUCGAGGAAUCCCAGCAAACCACCCUCUCAGUUUGUGUACGUCUUCACCACUAACCUGGCCAACAUAGCUGCUGAGGCUGUGGCACAAGGCCGUGCGGAUUCCAUCGUCUCCUACCACACUCACAACGUGCCUCGGACUAAACUAGAGCAAGUGUAUGAUCAGAAGCCCUCUGUUGCCCCUCAGAAAGGAUCUGGACUCCAAGAGCAGCUGUCACUCAACACACCUCCAGCUCGCACUCCGCAACCUCAAACUCCGCACCAAAGCCUCCAACCUCCGAGCUCACUGCCUCAGGAGGGGGCAGCUGGAGUGGACCCCCUGCACACGGACAUUGGACCCAAGUCGAUGGACAGCAGUGGUGGGGCUGGAACCCAAUUGGGGAGCAGUCACCCCAAUGCUAGUAACCCAGCCAGCAACCCAUUGACAGGGGUUCCAGUUGGAGAUCCAGCCAGUGGAGGAACUGGAGAGGCAGGCAAUCCAAAUGGGAAUGGAUCACUGAUCAUGAACCUUAAUCCUAACACCGAAGGGUUGUCCAAGGAGCAGUUGGAACACAGGGAGCGUUCCUUACAGACUCUGAGGGACAUUGAAAGGCUCUUGUUACGCAGCAGUGAGACUGAGUUUUCUAUGAAAGGCAACUGUGGCCCCAAUGGACAAGGGGAUGGACAACAGGUCAUGAAAAAACCAGAGGAACCUUUACAAUCCAUGAUCUCCCAGACCCAGUCUCUGACUGGAGUCGAAGGUCAGAAUAUGGAGCACGACCCCAUACAUCACCAGGAGAUAAUGCAACGUGACCCAAUGGGACAACAGGUCAACAUGAUGAUGAACCAGAGUAAUCAGGAGAACCUGACUCCAGAGCAGAUAGCCUGGAGGAAGCUCCAGGAAGACUUUUAUGAGGAGAAGAGGAGGAAGCAAGAGCAAGCUGUGGUUCAGCAAAGGACUAUGCAAGAGAUAAUGAUGCAGAGGCCAAUCGGGGGUGUGAUGGUCCGAGGGCCCCCGCCUCCCUAUCACAGCAAGGCUGGGGAGCAGUGGCCAGCAACAAUGGGGGCCCGUUUCACCAGCCCCAUGGAGGGCUCUGAUUCUCUGCAGCCCCGUGGGACUGCCCCUUUCUCAGGCCCCCGCUUUCCUGCCAACCAAAUGCAGAGGGUGCCUGGGUAUGGAGGAAUGCACAGCAUGCCAGUGGAGGCUUUGGGAGGCGUUAAUCCAAUUCAGAGGCAGGUACGGCCCGGAAUGCCUUGGCCCGAUGAUAUCUCUCCGAUGGUGGGAGCCGGGAACUUCCCACAGGGAGGUAUGCCCUUUCACCCUAGCCAGGGAGACCCCGAGAGGUUCAUGACCCCGAGGGCCAGAGAAGAGCUGUUGAGGCAGCACUUGAUGGAAAAGAGAUCGGUGGGGUUGCAGCGCCCCCUGAGUCUGAACAACAACAGCAUGGCUGGAAUGUCACAGGGACUUGAGAUGGAGAGAAUGAUGCAGGCCCAGAGACAGAUGGAGCCCGGAAUGUUCCCUGGCCAAUUACCUGGAGACAAUGUAAGUGGAAACCCAAUGGGUUUAGACUUUGUUGGGUCAAGGGGCAUGUUGAGCCCUCCUUUGGGGCAGUCGGGACCCAUGCGCAAUAUGGACUCCUCCAUGGGUUCUGGGAAUGUCAAUAUGAACAUGAAUGUCAACAUGAACAUGAACAUGAAUCUCAAUGUCCAGAUGACCCCCCAGCAACAGAUGAUGAUGUCGCAGAAAAUGAGGGCACAGGAAAUGAUGUCACACCAGGUUUUGACCCCAGAAGAGCUAGCAAGAGUGAGGGCGCCCAAUGGUAACAUGAUGCUGGGCGAUCCUCAGAAAAUGGUGCCACCGUCACAAUUCCCAAAUCACGGACAACAGGGUUUUCCAGGUGGUCAAGGACAAUUUUCCAGUAUGUCUCAGGAAGUCAAUAACAUGGGGACUCCUGGGGAGAUGUUCAGUCCUGACCAAGGCCCAAUUCCAGUAACCAGCAUGAGUAGUACAGCGAGGCUGAGCCAUAUGCAAAUGGCACCAACUUCCAAUCAAUCAAGUAACCACAGUAACGUGGGCGCAAUGCUUCCAGGGGCCCAAAGAGGACUUGGCCGAAGGCCCUCUGACCUCACCAUCAACAUCAGUCAGAUGAACUCUCCAGGAAUGGGUCACCUUAAAUCACCGACCAUGAGCCAGGUCCACUCACCUCUUGUCAGUUCGCCAUCGGCCAAUCUUAAAUCUCCGCAGACGCCGUCUCAGUUGGCCAGCUUAAACUCCACCAACUCCUCGGCUCCCAUCAAGUCCCCCCAGGUCCUGAGCUCCUCGCUUCCUGUCCGCUCUCCGGCUAGCUCUCCCACCCGGCUCAAGUCACCAUCAAUGUCUGCCGCCUCUCCAGGAUGGAGCUCAUCUCCAAAGACCACCCUCCCGAGCCCCGUCAUCAGCCAGGGCAAGCAGGCCAUGGGUGUGAACUCGUCAGCUCCGAUGGGAAACAUGGAGCAAGCUCCGCUGGCCUCUGCCCCACGCACAGGCCCUGUCCUGCCUUAUAACUCGCCCGAACCGACGCCCUCUCAGAACCCUCUGUCCCUCAUGAUGUCACAGAUGUCCAAGUAUGCCAUGCCCAGCUCCACUCCGCUCUACCACGAUGCCAUCAAAACCAUCGCUACCUCUGAUGAUGAGCUGAUUCCUGAGCGCUCCAUGGCAAUGAUUCCAUCAGCAAACAUGCCCGGACUGAGUGGGAGCCAGAAUCCACAGAUGCACCUGGUGUCACAGAGUGGUCCCGGAUCUGGAUCGGCAAACAGUCCCCUGGCAAUGAGCAUGGUGAGCCACCCACUCUCACACGAGCCUCCGACCCCCAUGAUGCCGUCCCCCAGCCUGAUGGGGCACAACGUCCCGAUGCAUGAAGGGCACACUCCUGGACUGGGCGUGCAGAGCCCCAUGAUGGUGCACCCUCCCCAGGACUCCCUCAGCCAACCCUGCGGCCCCCUACCCGCCACCGGCCCCCAGACGCUACCUCAGAACCCCAUGGUCCUCCAGCGCAUGCAGCACCAGUCCCACAGUGCCCUGCAGUCCCCGGGCUCCGGGAUGCAUCAGGUGUACCCCCCGAGCAUGGUGAUGCCUCAGGAUGAGGGUGUCCCGUCACACGGGGUCUCUGCUGGAUCAGGGCCCCCUCAGCAGCAGCAGCCCCCUCCUCCCCACCUGCUGGUGAAGAAUGCACCAAACCGGCCUGCAGGUGACAGCUACCAGCUAUCCGGAGUGGCCUCAGUCCUCAAUGACCCAGAACUUCAGGAUGUGAUCCGACCCUCAGCCAGCGGUAUUCCCGAGUUCAACCUCUCGCGCAUCAUUCCCUCUGAGAGGCCGAGCAGCACACUGCAGUAUUUUCCCAAGGGGGACUCUCAAGUAUCGAAAGCUCCGUCUUCCAACCCUCACCUCAUGAACCUUCAGAGUAUGAUGUUGGAGCAAGCUCCUCCGAGCAGAGCCAGCCUCCCAGGACAGCAGCAGCAGCAGCAGCAGAGGGGCCUGAGCAUGCACAUUUUUCACCCGGGGCAGGUACCGGGGCCUAUAAUGGGAAGGACUGGCCUGCCAUCCCAGCACAGUGUGAUGGGGAACAGCCUGCAUCAUGUUCUCAUGUCGCCUCAGCAACAGAACCUGGUGCUUCAGGCCAAGCAGAGGAGCCUGUCGAUGUCGGGGGAGAUGUACGGACAAGUGGGGCACAUGCUGCCCCCACAGGUCGGUGUCCCUCACCAAAGCCUCAUGUCCCCCCAGCAGCUGAGACAGAGGAGCAUGUCGUUAGAUACACCCAUCAGCUUUGUCCCUGGACUGGGAAACACUGCCAACUUGCCCUUCUAGCUUCUCCACUUUUCGUACAAUUAGGACUUAUGCAAGUUGAGAAGCCACAGUGAUGAGCGUGGAGUGGGAGAGGGAAUUAAAGUAAUUUUAUUACAAAACAAAAUGAGGCCAGAAACAGAAAGAGUUUAUACCAAGACGGGGUAGGGUGGGGUGGGGAGAAGUCAAAAAAAUAUUUUUUAACAGAAUGAACUCGGAGAAAGACUUCCAGACAUUUGUGUUUUCAAUUUAUUUUUAAUCUCGAUCUCUCUCUCUCUCUCUCUCUCUCUCUCUCUGUCUCUUUCUCUCUCUCUCUCUCUCUCUCUCUCUCUCUCUCUCGUUUCGUUCCUCACCUGUUGUUGUGCAAAGGGAUUUUUAUUAUUGCUGUAUAUAUUCUGCCUUGGUCUGUGAUUUGUUUUUACAGUUCCUGUAACUCUGUGUUUUCGCUAGAAAACUGUGACAGGGAAAUUGCUGGAAGCAGACCCUCUUCCCAUACAGAAGGUCACUGUUUCAAAGUUCCCCAGCGUCAGGUUUCUGAAAAGGCACGGUUAGAAUCUGGUGGCAGGUCCCAAAGUGUCGUUGGCCUGCCAUGUUGUGGUUUAAUGAUGAAACUGUGCUCAUGGUGCUAUGGACCUGCAACACAAUUGGACUACUUUCGUAGAGGCAUCAGUGAGGAUUGAGGGGAUGGAGGGGUGGGGGUAGUUGGUUAUAGGGCUGUUUGAUAUUGAUCACAUACCUAACCCCUGUUUCAGCCCCACCCUUUGUAGGGUUGGGAUGCAGCUGUACAGCCCGGUUGACCGUGGGCAUCAAGGGAGGGAGUUUGAGACUUUUGUCCUGGAGCUCGUGGACCUGUGAUUGUUAGGGAUUGACCCUGAGCUGGUAGUACACUGUGUCAGCUCAGUGCCUGAGGGCAGUGUUUAACAGGCCAUGAUCUUUCAUACCAACGUUAGGAACUGGCCAGGAUUCCUGAGAACUUUGGAGCUCUGAGAAUGGGAUUUUGGUUAUUUACCUCCCAUCCUGAACACAGUAACCUCCUCGCAGCGUGUAAAGCCUCCACUGUUGGCGAUUUGGAGUUGGCUGUAUAACAAUUUACGCUGUUCAGACAUUAAGUUCGAGUUGUGAGUGUUUACACAACACAGAGAUGGGCCAUCAGUGGCAGGUCUCCCUCCUCACUGGAGAACUGUUGUCCCACCAACAGUUGAGGGUUAACUUGUGGUUAAUCUCCAGGCUCCCUCAGGUCACUGGGUAGUUUAACCACUUUUAACAAAAUGUUGUUGAUCCAGGACCCCCCCCCCCCCCCCCACCUCCCCAACUUCACCUCACUGAGAGUUGAGGAUGGCAAGUUUAUCAUUCAGUCUGAGGGGCAUUAGCACCUCCAUCUGCCCUCAAAGAGCUGGGUAGCUCUCACUUUGUGGUCCCAUGCCAGUAGCUUCGCUGACCCAGUCAGAAUGAAGCUGUUUCACUUCCAGCUCAUAUCACCCUUCAUUGGCUGUGAAUGGAAUGAACUGGAUGGAAAUGGGGUUUUAAAAAAAAUUAUCUAAAAUCACUUGUGGUCCUGAUCCCUCUGUUUCCAGAAAAAUGUCUGGUUAAACCACAUUUCCACCCCCUUGGGUUUCAAUUAUAAACUAUUUUUUUCCAAUCAAACGUGAGAGUUCUGUUUCCCUGAGUGCUGGUGGGAGCUGCCCUGGGGUCUCUGGGUAUACAGUAGCCCUGCCCUCAUAUCUGUGUCAGGCUGCACUGAGCACUGGUCACUUGUCUAUUUGCACAGGGUAAUGAGGAGGGGGGCAGGCAGUUUGGCUGGUCAUACACUGAUAUGACCUGUCACUGGGCAAAAUAAUGGGAUGUGAUUCCAUGACCCCUUAAAUUUAGCAAUAUCCUGCAGCACAACAGGAGAGAGAUUGAUUGAUUAAUAAUUGGGGCUGGAGGUGUGCUGGGUAAAGAGAUUAGUCCCUACCCCUGCAGUAUCUGAACCCUGCUCCUUAUUCCAGGCUGUGAAAACCUGCCCCCAGGGGGUGGUGCUGGUACUAUUUCAGGGCGUGCUGACAGGGAGCAGAAUGCAGUCUGGCCCAUGCACUUGCCUGUGGGAUAGUUGGUUUUGAGAGAGGUGUUUCUCUUCAGGAGAGACUCACAGCAGGAACCAUCAGUCCUUAAAAACCUUGGCUCAGUGAGCUGGGGGUUUCACCAUGGGUCCAGGAGUCUCCUGACGUGUGGCUCUAAAUGGUGGGGGUCCCUAGGAUCCUAUGGGGAAAAGGGUCUCUCUGACAGAUUUAACUGUCACAGCCCAUCCAUCAUUUGAAACAUUUUUUUUGCACCUUUUGGUCCAGAAACUGGUUUUGUUUCUUUGUUUAUACAGUUCAGACAUUCAUAAAAUAAAUCCAAUUUAA